AUGUCGUUCUUUGCGACAUCGCGGAAGGAGGUGAUGAUUGCGGGGAAAUAUAAGAUGUUGCGAAGAAUAGGUGGUGGUUCUUUUGGUGACAUUUAUUUGGCGAUCAAUAUUUCUACCGGAGAGGAGGUAGCUGUAAAAGUAGAAUCUAUUAAGGCCAGACACCCACAACUCCUCUAUGAGAGCAGAGUAUACAAAAUUCUCCAAGGCGGCAUCGGCAUACCACAUAUAAGAUGGUACGGUUACGAGAAGGACCACAACAUCCUCGUGAUGGACCUGCUAGGUCCGUCUUUGGAGGACCUCUUCAACUUUUGUUCGCGACAGUUCACCAUCAAGACUGUUCUCAUGUUAGCGGAUCAAAUGCUCGGCCGAGUGGAGUUCGUGCACUGCAAAUGCUUCAUACACCGCGACAUAAAACCUGACAACUUCCUUAUGGGCAUCGGCCGCCACUGCAACAAGCUCUACAUGAUCGAUUUCGGCCUGGCGAAGAAGUUCCGGGAUCUCCGCUCGCGCGUCCACAUCGGCUACCGCGAGGACAAGAACCUGACAGGAACCGCGCGCUACGCCUCCAUAAACGCCCACCUCGGCAUCGAGCAGUCGCGCCGCGACGACAUGGAGUCCCUCGGCUACGUGCUCAUGUACUUCAACAGGGGCUCUCUGCCCUGGCAGGGGCUGAAGGCGCUCACGAAGAAGCAGAAAUACGAGAGGAUCAGCGAGAAGAAGAUGUCCACGCCCGUCGAAGUGCUUUGCAAGGGUUUCCCCGCCGAGUUUGCUAUGUAUCUAAAUUAUUGCCGCGGACUGACAUUCGACGAGUCACCGGACUACAUGUAUCUUAGACAGCUGUUCCGCAUACUGUUCCGCACGAUGAACUACCAGUACGACUACACGUUCGACUGGACCAUCCUGCGGCAGCGCAAGCAGACCAUGAUCGAGGCGAACGCGGAGCGGCGCUCGCCGUGCGCCCAGCGGCGCGCGCAGCAGCCCUCGCAGCCGCCGCCCAAGACGGAG